CAUACACACACUCMCACACACAGACRCACACACAAACAGAGGAGCACGCUGAAACCAAAGAGAUACUGGGCGCACUUACACAUCCACACAACUCAACUUAUUACACCGCAAGUUCACAUUCAAGACACUCAGCCUUGCUUUGCACAGACUUGUUUCUUUCUUUUCCUUUUUUCGUUUUAUUUUAUGAAUUUCAAAAACAUGAGGACAGUUUUGCUUCGCGUUUGUGCCGGACUCUUGCUUACAGCCACCUUGGUGCCGCAAACCAGCUGGGCGGUGGACUUCUCCGGCAACUCCUACCAGCGAUGGGACUCUCGAGGACCCUACAAUCUGGGAUCCGAACCUGGUAACCCCACCUCUUGCCCCGUGAAACUCAGACCCUCGGGCCACUGCGGGAGCUCUGGGCCYGGGACGGAGGAGGGCGAGGACUGUCCCUACCAGCUCACCCUGCCUCCCCUCACCAUUCAGCUGCCCAAGCAGUUCAGGCUGCUGGAGAAGACGAUGAAGGAGCUGCAGAGCCUGAAGGAGACGGUGAACAAGCUGAAAAGUGGGUGCCAGGAGAGCUGCGGGGCACAAGGCAACGAGGCGCUCGGGUAUGAGCGAGGGGACGGGGGACAGGCGCCGGGCUCGAUUCAAAGGGACGCUGAAGAGGGAAUCAGACAAGACCUGAUGACACAUGGUGGAUUUAGCCAAGAGGAGAGGGGAGAUGGGACGGUUCCUGGAGCUACCGUGGAUGGUACUGGACUGGGGCAAGGUGCCARUUAUGGAAAAAUCCCUUCACAUCCAAGCACUGUGCAGGAAAUGCAAGUGAAGCUCAAUAGGAUGUCAGCCAGCCUACGCAACGCCAGGAGCCAGAUCUCGGCUCUGCAGGGCCGURUGGAGGAGCUCAACCUGCUCAACAUGGACAACGUGCAGGCUAUGGUGGACAGACGGGUGGAGAACAUCACCGGGGUGGUGAACAAGCUCAGCUCAUCCUGCAACACACAAUGUGCCGUACAGAACAGCCCUCAGUUUAUCUUGGCCCCCCGUGACUGCUCAGACUAUAAUGUGAUGGAGGUGAGGAAGAAUGGUGUUUAUCGUGUGACCCCUGAUCCUCGCAAUGGGACAUUUGAGGUUUUCUGCGAGAUGGAGUCCUUCGGAGGAGGCUGGACCGUGAUUCAGCAACGUCUCGAUGGAUCUGUCAGUUUUAACCGCACCUGGGCCGAAUAUAAGAAAGGUUUUGGAAACCUCAGAGGGGAGUUUUGGCUGGGCAAUGACUAUGUUCACUUGCUGACAAAAGCCAAAGACAUGGUUCUGCGAAUAGAGCUGGAGGAUUUUGAGGGUGUUCGGGAAUAUGCAAAGUACGACCAGUUCUACGUGGCUAACGAGUACCUGCGCUACCGGCUAUCGAUCAGCGGAUACAGUGGGACGGCUGGAAACGCCAUGAGUUUCAACAAGCACUUCAACCACGACCAGAAAUUCUUCUCCACYCCCGACCGCGACAACGACAUGUACCCCUCCGGAAACUGCGGCGCCUACUACAGCUCCGGCUGGUGGUUCGACGCCUGCAUGUCCGUCAACCUCAACGGGAAGUACUACCACAAGAGGUACAAGGGCGUCAGGAAUGGGAUCUUCUGGGGGACGUGGCACAACAUGUCGACGGAGUAUUACCCCACCAACUACAGGCAGGCCUUCAAAACGGUCAAGAUGAUGAUACGGCCCAAAAACUACGCCCCUUAAGAAGGAUGUUUUGGGGAAUAGAAUGGAAGAAAAAAAAAGUCAUACAUUUCCCUAUAUUCAUUCAUUCGCACACAUUUCCCUGAACAACUCUAAUUCUGAAAAAAGGUGCAAAAUAAAAUAAAACGAAGGAUGCAAUGAUUUGUAAAUCUCAUAAAUCUAUAUGAAACAGAGAAAACAAAUCAAGUGUCAAAAUUAGGAAAUUAUACUUUUUUUUGGUGGGUAAUAGAAUUUUAUUGCAGCAACAUAUUAAAAAAUGAGAACAAGACCCCUUUUUUCCCCCAAUAACUUUUUAGAAAUGUUUAGGAACUGAGGAAACCAGUUGCUGGUGGAUUGUUGUCUCAACUUUUGAUUGGUUUACUGUGUCUGAUUGCGACUGAAACAUUUGCAAAUCUUUYCAUUCUGUUURGACUUACAUUUUCUCUUUACAAAGUCUCAGUUUUUAUCAAAAUUUGGGUUGGACACCAAAAAGGACUGUAGCACCACCGAUAGAAUGCAGUACUAACAAACUAAUGGUGGAAUAUCUUGUUACAUUUUGCACUGUGGUGAGUGUGGCCUUUAAAAUGAUGGAUUAAUAUGAUGCUGACAAAAAAAAAAAAAGAAGAGAAGGACUGAUUUGCAAACUAACACACAUGCAGCGUAAAAGGCCAGCCUCCUACAGGGGCCAUGAUAUUACACGGAAGCUGACCGUGAAUAAUUUUUCACUGGUCUCUGACAUUUCUCCACUCUUUUUUUUUUUUGUCCCGCUCCCCUCCUGCUGUAAGCCCCCGCUGAGACGCAGUGCAGCACACACCAGUAGUAAAAACUAAUGAGCUAUCAUUUUUCUCUGCUGCAAAUGAUUUUAUAAUUAACAGCAAGCGCUCAAGUGAGGUAAGCUGAUGAUACAGUUUUGUGUCUGAAAUGAUUCUGGGUGUCAAACGGUUUCAUAAAUCUUUAAAGAAAAGUGUSCAGGAGUUGGGCUUUUCGGUUUGUUUAAUUACACCGGGACAUUUGGAUAACGCAUCAUUAUCCUGAACGUUACACAUCGCAGAAAAACCCAUGACAGAUUUCUCCGGAGUGCUUAUUCAGUACAGUUUGUGCUACUGACGCUCUGCUAAAUUAUUCCUGACAGCAGCCAUCCAGCAGAACAUUAAACACUUCCAAUUGUUUUCCCAUCCUUGGAUUUUGAAUAUGCAGCACACCUCUUCAUGACACACCAAGUUUGUAAAAAAAAAUAAAAAUAAAACUUUGACUCAUCAUGUGUACAAUACUGCCAUCUAAUGUUAGGAAACUGUACAGCACCAUGUAAUCCAUUUUAUACACACUGAAUGGGCUAAAGAUGGACAAAGGAAAUGUUUUACUUAAAGGAUGUGUACAGUAUUUAUUUAACUUUGUGAGGUAUCAGAGCUUUUAUAUAAUGUUUCUGUAGAACAUGCAGUGCAACGUCUAUUGAUUGUUGACAGUCAGGCAUAAAGACAUGAUGUGUAAUUGUAACCCAGUCUUACACAUUUGUAUUUGGAGAUGUGUGCGUGUGUGUGUGUGUGUGUGUGUUCCAUACUGAUCUUUUUAGUCAUGUUAAUCUGCCAUGACCAUAUAAACCUGCAUAUUUUUUAUAAUAAAAAAAUAAAGUUCAAAUUUUACCGCU